AAAAAAUAUAUCCAUGGUAUAUUAAUGUGUCGUAUUUUCCGAUUGUUUUUGUUGUCCUUUGUUGACUUUUAAAAUCAAGUGAGAUCUAAAAAGACUUUGUGAAAUGACGUGAAUAUUUUGUUAUUUAUUUCAUAAAAAGAAAAUGUGUCGUUUAUAAGUGUAUGGGAACAAUUGCAAGAAUGAUGCAGCCAACAUCUGAGGGCUGUAUGAACAUUGCGGAGUUAGCGAAUCAGCUACGUCGGGAGAAAAUUUUCAUCAAUUCCGAGCGACAGCUGCUUCAUAAUCUCAAUGAGGAAGUGGAGAAAACUGUGCAGGAACUGCUACAGGCUGCAUGGAUAUGUUCUAUGCAACGACAGAACUUAACGAAUCUUAUUUCAUCUCGAUGUGAAGCUGAAUCCAUAGCAGCCUGUCAGAGAGCAAGCUUACUUGAGGGCACAGUUUUUGUAGAUGCUUACAAGGUCUUGAGAUAUAAGGAAGCAACUGCACUGGGUGAGCUUCUAGGAUGGCUUCGAGAUACACCCCAUCUAGUUGCGUUGAGCUUAAUGCUCGGAGAGGAUCACAUGCCACAGUCUUUGCCAUCAUUCCUGAUAGCAGGCCUUUAUGGCAGCUGCCGCUCUACUACAGACAGAACACGUUUGUUGGCCGUUAUACGUUCCUUGAUCAAACAUCAAAUGGCAACUUCAAGCGAUCCAAGGAAAUUGUUACGCACGAGCAAAUGCGCGCUGGCGUCGUUGUGCUCGACGUUCCGAGACGGGCACGCGCCGGCGCGCCGUUUCCUCGCGGCCGCACUGCACGCACCCGUCAUGGCUGUGCUGCACGAGGACGAGUUCUUCCUCGACAUAGACCCGGACAAGGCCAUGGAGAGAUUCUCUGCGUCGGAUCGUCUCAAGAAGUUCGGUCAAGCGAAUAGUAAUGAGUACUCGGCGAAGGUGGCCCGGUACCGCAAGUGGACGGUGCAGUCUCUGUACAACCUGACCAGCAAGUUCAUCGCCUCGCUCAAGGAGCACUGGCCCAACUUCCCCGCAGCCAUUGCGUGGAUUGUGCAGCAGAUUGUACAUCUAUUGAAACAACAUUCCAGGACAAGUGAGCGUGAGUUGUACGCUAUCUGCACGGACCUGGUGCUGAGUCAGCUGAUCUGUCCGGCUGUGGUGAGCCCCGAGGCGCACGGCGUGGUCGAUGUUCCCGUCUCAUACGUGGCGCGAUUCAACCUCAUGCAGGUCGCGCAGAUCCUGCAGGUGCUCUGCCUCAACUGCUACCAGGAGGUGGAUCCAAAAGUUCGGGAUUUAUAUUCCAAGUUUGAUAGAAGUUGCGUGUCGUCGCUGAUAGAGAGUGUGAUGUCGGAGUCUUGUGCUCCUGCUCCAGCUACCUCGCAGGCAGAUGCUCUACGCACUGAUGUACCACCACGAACUACUAUAGCACUCUUCACGCCACAUGAUGCCCAUUUAUUGAUAACAUUUCUAAAACGAAUCUCAUCCAAGUUAAAUAAUAACACACCGAGUAUCACAUCAGAAGAAACUAACAACUCAAGACCAGUUGCAGAAGCCGCUGGCUUUAGCAGUGAGGGCAGUGAGAGUGAGAGUGCGGAGGGCGCGGCGCGACUUGCAGCACUGAUGCAGACCAUGGAGCCCAACUACCGCGCCCGACUGCACGACCUGUUGCGCAAAGUGCCCGACCUGCAAGCCCUACUCGCGUGCAAAUCAUCAUCAUCAGAGCCGAAAGACACGGUGUCAGAGAACGGUCACAGCAGCAAGCGUAGUAUCCUGGCCAAGGUGUCCAAGCCGCGCUUACCUCGCAGCGCCAGCUCCAGCUCCUCACUGGAAGAUAAAGCGGCCAAUGGUGAUAGAGAGGAGCUGGAGGUACCUGAAGUGCUGGUGAUAAAGCUGGCCAAUACAGAAGAGUGUGAUUAUGUCGGUAUGAUGCCGGAAUCGAAAGUACUGGAAUGCUACUACGUUGGCUCAGAGGCGGGUGAAGAGGACGGGGCCUCCGAACUCGUUGCACCCGGACAGACUCCCGCACAGAAACGAACCAGGUUCUCAGUGUCACACGAUGAGGUGUCGUUGGGCAAUACAUCAGACAACCUGGAGGCGGUGUCGGAGGCGGCCUCAAACCACAGCGUCACCUCCAGCCUUGAACUCGAGACAGAAGACCAGAACGACAACCUCUCCGAUAUGGUGUCUGCUAAUGUGAGUGGUCGCGGUAGUCCCAACAUCUCUGGUCGUGAGACACCCUCAUCACAGGUCACAGAUGGCGACGCUGCGGGGGAUGCGCCCCCCAGAAGGAUAUCCGCGAAUGCUCCAGUGAGCGCGCAGACUGCCAGCAACCAGGCAAAGAUGCUGAAGCAGACGCGCAACGAUAUCGAGGAUAAGUUCUGUAAAUUCGAGAUCAAGAAAUUGCUGGAAGGUGAUGAGACGAUCAGUAUAAUGUCGGAUACUUGGAGUACGGAUGUACUGGCCUCCGACUCGGAGACAAUCGGUGACUCCUGCGACCACACACAAGUCGCUGCUAACCAAGGUGGUGGUACGAGUGGUACGAAUGCGCCCGAUGUUUCAGAGACCGCCAGCGAGUCCGCCUGGAGUAUGGACGUCCUUGCCUCAGACAGUGAUCGUAAUACAGAAGUGGAUACGGACGAUUGUGUAUCCGUUGCGGCGCGCUCCGAUACGUCAUGGCCGCGCCGUCCUUCGCACCAGGAGGAGGUGUUGCGACAGCCAUUGCCUCAGAACGGCACUAAAAGACCAGACACUGGCAGUCCGCGGCAUACGUCUAGAUAUCUACCUAAUAAUAGGUACUUGAGUGCGACUGCAGCGCUAUCUCGCGGCGGUGAGCUGGACCUGGCGCAACUUGCGCACUCCAACACGCACAAUGCAAAUGCGCAAGCGCACGCCGCAUUUGUUGAGAACAGGAAGAGCAUACUCGUUAAUGGAUAUCCAGUGAUGACUUGUUACGCGACGUCAGCUCCCGAGAGUCCGAGUACGUCUGCGCCCGUGCAACUACCCACCGAUGUGUUUGAUUUCGCUCAGAAUGGCAACAGCGCACAAACCGAAUCGACCCUCGAUGAUGCGACAGUCCAAUCAGACGCGACGAGCCAAUGGGUGGAUGAUAGCUUCCCUCAACCGAGCUCCUCCCGCCCCUUCCCUGCCAAGUACGACCUCCCCUCCACCUCCAAACCCUACGACCACCCUUCCACCUCCAAACCGUUCGACGACAACGAUCUUAUGGAUAGAUCUCUCAACUCGAGCGAAAGUUCCUUCAACGCUCUCUCCGUAUCGCAGUACGAUCGCCGAUUCGAUUCCGGUAUCGAUACCGAACGACCGGAAUCGGAAUCGAGAUCAACGAUAACCGAUUUAAUGACACGAAUGAGUUCCGCCACUAUUUCUACGUCCGCGAAUUUGGUUAACAAUUUGACGAAUAGAAUCGCCAAGUCUGAGAUACGUACGAGUAUUGUUAAUAUAAGUUCGUCUCGUAUCGAGAGGAAGAGGGAGACGAGCAACAUGUCUCUGAGCACUCUGUCAGUGAACAGCGCGGAGACUUCGGUGUCAGAUCGCAGCUCCAGUCAGGAUGUCAACUCUGAUAAUGUGACAGAACGCCGCGUCAGCCCCCCACCUGUCAAGAAUGUCUCCACUGGCGCUAUACCGAAGAGUAUCAGCUUCGAUGCCACCGCUGAGAAGUCACAGAGGCGUCGUGCUAGUGGCGAAGAUGGUCUGGUGGGGAAUCUGGAUGAGCUGAAGAACAACGUGAAACGUUCCGGUGGCAAUCUGCUGCACAAAAUCAAAUUCUUCCGGCCCAAGGGACGUCAUCAUCACCAUAGCAACGAUAUAAAACUGGCGGAAGAGGAAUGUCGCAGUGACGACGGUCGCGCCGAGCUGGAGGCCGGCGGAGACAGCUCUGAGGAUAUCCUGGCCAAGUACAGGCGCAAGGGCUCCGACGGGCGCACGCGCCGCCCCGCGCGCCGCAUGUCUGACCUGCCUGAUCCAGAUCUAGAUAGAUGCGAGGGUGUGGUGGACCUCAACGAUCCUGAAGUGUUCAACAGCAUGAAGCGACGUCUGCGCGCUGUUCUCUCAAACACUGACAUGCACUGCGUUGAAUAUGUGCCUAAUCGCUGUACAGCAACAUCGCUGGUGGACUUUGUGCGUGCGGGGGGUUGCGCUGAGAGUGCGGCUGUGGGUCGUGCGCUGUCGGGGGGUGCGGGGGGUUCGAGCGCACGCGCAGCUCGGCUGGCGGCGGCGCUGCGGGCUGACCUGGCUGCACGUCGCCCCUACGCCACAUACCUCGCCUCAUGCCGCGCUGCGCUUGCGCAUGCACAACAUGAUCUACGAGCUCAGAUAAAGUUGGUGCGCGAGGAAUGCCAGGCGUGUGCUCGUGCGGCUGCUGCGGCGCGUGUGCUGGAGCAGCUGGAGCGCGGUAAUGCACUGCGCCGACUUGCGCGACAUCACCACGCCCACAACAACCACGCCAUCCUCAACGGCGGCGAGCUGAUGGAUGAGAAAGCUAAAAGACUGACUGCCAGCAUCAGGGUUAUAACGGCCGAGGUGAAGGCGGAUCCUUCCUGGGAAGGAGCUAGUGGGGCGCUGGUGGAGGCUCUGGAGGUGACUGUGGAGCGCGCUGCGUUUGCACGUCUCUACCUCCACGUACUCUUCCCCAACGGAGAUGGUGACAUUGCACGCGACCAAGUGCUGAGUGAGCACAUGCGCCGACUGGCCGCGUGCACCAGCGCGCUGAGAGCGGGCGUCGCGCCGCGCCAUCUGUGGGCAGCGCCCUACCCACACGCACAGCUACAACUGCGACAUCUACCUGUGUACCGCACACCUCGCGACAAGAUAUCGUGCAUAAUGCGUUGCGUAUCCUCCAUCAUGUCGGUGCUGGCGCUGACCGACGGUAGCGCCCCCUCAGCGGACGACCUCACACCAGUUCUCGUCUAUGUCAUACUCAAGGUGAACCCACCAUCGCUGCUUUCGACCAUCGAGCUGGUGAACGCGCUGGGCGGCGCUGCGCUGUCAGGUGAAGCACUGUACUGGUGGACGCAGUUCUGUGCCGCUGUCGCCUACAUCAAGACAAUGGACUACGUGGGCGACUCCUAGCGCCGGCAAGCGCUCUUGAGUGCAGCGCUUCUCAGGGCUAAAUUGGAAAUGUACCGGAGCAGCUCCACGCGCCGCGAACGUCGGCACACGAUUUAAAACAUUUCAUAUAUAACUCGUAUCUCAUUCAAAUUAAUCAAACUUCAUACAUACAUUUUAUUCUAAUAUUCAAAUAACAGUUGC